AUGCCUGCUACAGUUUCUUUCAUACAAAUCAGCCCCCAUGCAUGUAUUCCGGUGAAAGUUUUCGUACAUCGAAAGCAAAUGUGGCUGCGGGGACAGCUGAAUGACAAGUCUUUACUGAAGUUAUCGUCUGUAAGUCUGAUUCGGCUUUCCAACCCGGACAUGACCAAGUUGGUGGAAGACAUCAAAGACGAGCUCAAACAACUACUAUUGCAUGAACUGUUGCGGAGGCUUUUCCCUGGCAAGUCUAUUCUGAAAAGCAGUCAGGUGAAAAAGAUCCUUGGCCGUCUGUGGAAGUGCCGUGUCGUCGUGUCAUUGGGGUAUUUGGCCGAUCUACGGUUCAAACUCCAUACUUUAGUGCAAGCAGACGAUGUUUCAUUCUUGGACGAGAAAAACAUUCUGGUUUCUGCAACAGACUCGAAUGAGUUAGCUCUCCUCACUAAGGAGAUUAUGUUCUCCUUUCAAGAGCCUGACGAGGACGGAGUAAAUGAAGGAUUGGACAAGAAGACAAUCUCGUACAAACUCGACCGAGUAGCAGUAAUGAACAGUCGAGCUACAGACACCUUGAGUGUAUUUGUUCUACAUCGGCCGCGCAAUGAAUAG